AUGAGAUCAAUUGGUAAAGAUUCUGAUUGUAGUUUUUGGGUAUCUGGUUGGUAUACAUUAACAGCAUAUUAUAAUCGUGAACGUAUUAGAAGUGGUGCAACUAAUGAUAAAAUCGUAUCUGAACAAGAACGACAACGUAAUUAUCUUAAAAAUGGUCCAUAUAUAACAACUAAAGAAGCUGUUGCUAUAUAUACAACAGUUGUACAUUGGCUUGAAUCUCGACGUUUUUCAUCAAUAUCAUUUCCAUCGUUAGCAUAUAAACACAAAACACAAGGAGAAAAUUCAGCGAAGAGUCUUCUACAUCGAUUAUUUUCUCAUCUUGAUGAUUCAGAUAUAGAUGAUAUAUUAAUUAGUCUAGCAACAACAAUAGAAGAACAUCAUCGUUCUAAACUUCUUGUUGUCUCAGCAUUAUUUGAAUUAGCUGGUGAUUAUUCUUCAUGUAUACGUAUUGCUUGUGACUAUAUAACACAAACAAUUCUUGAUCGUUUAUUAAUAUUAUCAUCAACAUCAUCACCAUCUCCAUUUAUUUAUAGCUCAACGUCUUCAAAUUUUAUCAAAAACAAGACAUAA